AUGGUGUCAUUAGAAGGAAGGUUGAGAUUCAAGGAGAGAUCAGAUCCAGAAGAAUUAGGCAGCCGGUUCCAGGGAGGGAACAUUCAACCGAGAAUGAUGCUAGUUAGCCCGUCUUCGUCUUCUACCUAUCCCAUGCACUCACAGGCAGGUCCGUCCAUACUAAACGUGGAUUUCGCCGACAUCUUUGACUAUCUCCAAGAAUCCGCUGAUCCAAGCACAGACACUCCUUGUACGUGUGGAGUGCAGGUAGACUCAACAGAGACAAGUCACGGGCUCUCCAGUCCUUUGAGUCAGGCCAGCAACAGCGGGCUUCAGGACUCACCAUUGCCACAGUCUCACCAAGCGGUCCCACCAAGGACCACGAUGCCGUCAUAUGUUGGUAAAAUAGAGGUGAUGCCAGCUGGAUUCGCCCCCUCAGAAGCAGCCUUCCAAGCGACGUACGGAGCAGGAAACUUACCACUGCCUAGUUUUCAAGAGACCUACGGGAAUUUUCUCAGUUUUGCUUUAGACCGCGCCCCGUACGGAGACGAGAGCGAGUAUUCCUCACUGACGUCACUCGGACAGGGUGCCACUGAGAGCAUGGAUUUCCCAUCAAUGGGUGAUGCUGGACAGAACUUAUCGAACUCUGUUUUAUUGCCUGUCACAUCAUCGUACAGUCCUACUGAAGAGGCAUACCAUCACCCACAACAGCAGCAUCACCAUUCUCAACAGCAGCAGCAACAACAUCAGUACAGCAGUCACCAGCAGCGAAUCAGCCCAAGAACAUGCUCUGUGAGUUCGCCCGUCUACACAUCCGCCCCACAGCCGGCUAGUUUCCAGUACAGCCUGUCUCACGCCGACACGCAACCUUCCUUCUCCGGUCUUGGAAAUGUCAACUUUCCGCGAGACCCCAUGCCCCCACAGCCACCAGCCCAGUCGUACAGCGGUUAUACCGGCACCGGUCACAGUGUUCCCGGUGGUGUUCCCGAGCCUCCCCGCAGCCUGGGUUCCUUCCCUUCCCCUACGCCGCAGGGGUGGGGGAGUGAGCUAGGGAAUGUGGGCGAUGAGUUGGGAAUGCCGCCAAACACUAUGCCAACGCCGCACCGUUCAACGGGCGUCAUGCCGUCCGAACUAUCAAGUCCGAGAUUCGAGACCAUGGACAUCAAACCUUUGUCCAUCCCGUAUCCAUCGGUGUCUAUGAGUGCGAACAUGAACCCCUCACAACCGUGUUCGAACCCAGGCCAAUCCGGCAUGCACAUCGUGCCGUCACAUCGAGGACUUCAACGUAAACCCAGCCCCAUUCAACUACCAGUGUGCACUGAAUCUGCCUCCCUACCCAACACAAGCCACCACCAUCAUCACCACCAAAGGAGCUCACCAGGUCACGAGGGAAUGUUGUGUGCCGUCUGUGGCGACAGUGCUGCGUGCCAACACUACGGCGUCCGUACAUGCGAAGGGUGCAAAGGAUUUUUCAAGCGUACUGUUCAGAAGAACGCCAAAUACGUCUGUUUAGCCACCAAGAAUUGCACCGUGGACAAACGGCGUCGAAAUCGGUGUCAGUACUGUCGCUACCAGAAAUGCCUCGCUGUUGGAAUGGUCAAAGAAGUUGUUCGAACAGCGAGUUUGAAAGGCCGUCGAGGUAGACUACCAACGAAGCAGCGAGCCUCGCAGGAAGUAUCCCCUCCCUCACCGCCGGUCAGCCUCAUCACAGCUCUAGUCCGUGCCCAUGUCGAUGCGUCACCCGCUAAAGCCAACCUCAGUUACGAACAGUUUCGGCUACCUGACUUGAGUAGCAGUCCCCCUUCUACGGAGGUCCAACUCAAACAGUUCUACGACAAUUUCUGCUCGUCUAUCGAUGUGAUCCGAGCCUGGGCGCAGAAGGUUCCAGGUUUCAGUGAGCUUUGCGAAGAAGACCAAGAACUUCUUUUUCAAUCCUCGUGUCUGGAGCUGUUCGUACUCAAAAUGGCGUACAGACUAAAUCAACAUGACAAUCUUGUUAUAUUCUGUAACGGCAACGCUCUGCAUCCACAACAGUGUGAGCGAGGCUUCGGCGAAUGGCUUGACGACAUCCGGGCAUUCUCAAAGAUACUCUCAUCACUUGAGGUCGAUAUCUCUACGUUUGCCUGCCUGUCAGCUCUUGUGCUUGUAACUGAACGACAUGGCACAAAGGACCCAGCCAAGGUCAGCGAACUUCAGAACAGGGUCAUUGGUUGCCUGAACGAUCACGUGACGUUCAACACGUCUGCGCCGAAUCGAGCCAAUUUCCUCUCACGCAUCCUACUCCAGUUGCCCGAACUGCGCGUGCUCAGCCAGAAAGGUCUCCAGAGACUGUACUCGCUCAAGGUAGAGGACGCUGUUCAAGCGCCCCCAAUGGUGGAAAAGAUGUUCCAGCCUAAUUUGCCUUACUGAAAUUCAAAUACUUGAAACAGCCGUAGGUUGUGUCCAAACUGACGUCAAAACAUGGCUGAAUUAUACUUCAGCCAGAUUCAGCCACGGCUGUUUGAAGUCACAGUCAAAUCCACGUCACUUUGGACACAGUUUACAAUAAUUGUCAAAGAGACUGCAUAACAGACGCCCUCAGCGGUGAAAAUUGUACAUGUUGUCCGUUGUCAUGCACACACUACACACUCACUUACAUUCAAAGAACACAACGAAAGUACUGAAAAAACAGUCAUGAUUUACACGAGUCAAAGUUUUAUUUUUUAAAUAUUUCAUACUUGGUAAUAAAGUGCCCAUAAUGUAUUAUGUGUGACUAGGCAUACAACAAUCUCAGAUAAAAGCCAAAUGGAAUGUGUACAUAGCUAAAAGGAUUUGGUUGGAAUCAAAACAAGGCAUCUAUUGUACUUAAUUAUAUUUCAGGAACUGACGAAAUUCAGCAGCUGCAAUUUAACGGUUUUUAUUUUAAUUCAUUCGAGAAAAGUGCCUGAAAUAAUUAGGGCAUGUGGACAUAAUCAACAAUAUUCACUAUGACUUGUUGGGAAUGCAAUCACUAUACAAAAAAAUUGAUUUCUGAACUGAAAAAAAACUACUUAUUUUUUAAGAUGUCAAACGGUCGUCUACAUAAACCACUGAAAUUGCAGAUGUUGAAGCGAUUGAUAAUUACCCAUAUAAAUUUUAUUGUAUUCUUUUCUAAAACAAGUAUUCUUUUUUUCGAGCCAGGUAAAGUUUGAGCUUUUAUAGUUCAUGAAGAGACUUUUAAAAUGACUCGUUAUCUAUUUAUUUAUCUUAUUUAUUUUAUCUUCAUUUGGGGCAAAGUGGAAAUGACGUAUUUGUCAAGGAAUUGUAAUUGAAAUAAUUCAUGAAAAUAAAUCCCAUAAUUGUUCAAUGCAUUUAAAAUGACCCACUGAUGCUGCAAUAGAUGAUGGCAGAUUUAUUUUUAUUUUAGUUUUAUUUUAUUUCUACUUCUUCUUCUCUCUACAGGAACGUUAUAAAUGUACUGUAGAAAUUUGAAAUAAUCACUGAAAUGGAUUCUUUAUAAAAGAGAGGGGGUAGGGUAUUAGACGUGUAACACAGUCAGCCUAAUGCGGUUAAUCGCUGGCUAAAGAUAAACAUGAGAACCAGAUCAUUCUUGAGCUGCUUUAACUGCCAGUCCAGUAAACUGUACAAAAAAGUAUGUAGAUAUCUUACGACGUCACACCCGUCCUUGAUGACGUCAUCAAUUUUGAAUAAUGGUUCCUUUGGAACGAAGUUUAUGGACGAAGUUUAUGGAUACUCACAACACUGUAAUUGUUGCACCUUGAUGAUUAGGAUUUUGUCCGCACAUCCACCACAUAAAGUAAUAGUAGAGUAUCAUGUUUGGAUACUCCCUCACUCUCUCUCUCUUGAUCUCUGUACCACAAAACUCUUUAAUAAGCACCACUCUAAACACUUUAAUAUUCACACUGAUUUUUAUACACCAGGAUCUGACGUCACAGAUUCACACAGCGCUACUUUAUCAUGGUUUUGAGUGUUAACCAUGUUCAAUGAACUAGAUUAUAGAUUUGUCUAAAACUCAUAUUUUUACCACCGCACCUUCAUCGAAACCUAUACUUGUUCGUAAUUGUCGAUGUCUCACGUUUAUACAAUUGAUAAGUUUCUGCACUGACUUUUUCUACUGCAUUGCUAAUGCUUGACUGUAUUCAAAAACCCGUGUAUCGUGUUUAGUCACAUUGACUUGUGUCUGUUUUCGUUUAAAAAAAUUGUGUACCAAGAAGAAAUUGCGCGCAAUAUUUAUUACCAGUCCUAGGUCUUUCACAUGGCUUUGUGAGUAUACGCAAUUUAACCACCUUGUUUCCCCCUUCAAAUAUUGCGCAGUUUGUGGCAGUUUUUUAUGCUUUUAUUUAUCCACACCCAUUCUGUGUUGGUUUCCACAUUUAUAUUACUAAUUGCAACCAGUAACUUGCAGGGUGUUUAUUUUGUACAUAUUUACAAUGAUUUUACAUGUACAUUAUGUAACAUACGCGGCCAUGAACUUGGUAACUCUGUUGGCAAUUUUUUAGACGCAACUAAGGAACCGAUUAUAAAGAAUAUUAAUGGAAUGUUUUGCAACUUUUUGGGUGUCUGUCUUGUAAAAUGGUGUGUACAAACUGUCCGAUAGAUUUUUCUAUUUACAAACAAAUAUGGACAAGGCACAAAAAUCGUUUUUUGCAUAAUUUGAGAAGAAAAAAGGGAAAAGGACUAUAUUGUCCUCUACCGUAUAGAUUGAAUUUCGAUGUGUUAAUUUCCUUUUUAAAUGUAAUUUUCUACAGUAAAAAUUGUGAGAUAAAAAUUGUGAACUUGUUGAAUGUAAUUUUGAUGUUAAAACAAUCCCACAUCCCCUCUCAACAGAAACCCCCCAUGUGACUUUAAGUUGAUUUUUAUUUUUAAUUUGAAUAUCGGUGCUACUUGCCAAGUGUUUUAAUAUUCUGGUUUUUAUGAAUAGCCUGCCCUCACCGGCAGAAGUGUGUGAUCAUGAUGAGUCACGUGUCCAACAAAGUCGUUUUAAUUGGUCUACAAAGAAAAAUGUAGUUUUGUGUGUAUUUUGUCCCUUUAUGGCCUAGCUAUAUCCACCCACUCCCUCCCUCAUCCCCAUUUUUCAGUGUAUAACGUACUGACUAUAUCAGAUUUUAUAUCAAUGUUCAUCUAACACUUGAAAAUAAAAACAGAAAAGAAACAAA